UUUCAGAUAAAAAGAGUAGAGCUAGGAGAUGGAAGCAGUAUGUUUUGUAUGUGGAUAUCUAGAGACCCUCAUGAACCUGGUGAAGGAGGUAGAUCCUGUGCCAGCCUGACUUUAGCUUCCAGUUUUAACAGCACUAUAGACCAGUCUUUAGCUAGCCUUAGUUUGGGUGAGGUAAGGACUCUUGAGAAAUCCAAUGAAAAUACCAAGAAGUCUGUAGAGCCAGAGUAUGAUCCUGACCAAGGUCCUUACAAUCAGCAUUAUCAAACUCUUACCUCCAUUGGGAAAGGUGCUUUCGGUUUCGUCAAGUUAGGCAGACAUCGCUCUGAUGGCAAAGAGGUGGUAGUCAAGUUUAUCCAGAAGAAGAAAGUAAACAAACAAAGUUGGGUGGUUGAUAAACAACAUGGCCGAACCCCAUUAGAAGUGAAUUUAUUACGAAAACUUGAUCAUCCUAAUAUUGUUAAGGUUGUAGACGUGUUUGAAAAUGAUUUAUUUGUACAAAUGGUGAUGGAGAAGCAUGGCCUAGGCAUGGAUCUGUUUGAAUUUAUCGAUCGCUGUCCUAGGAUGGACGAAGCCUUAGCGAGCUACAUCUUCAGACAGAUGGUAGCUGGUAUAUCUUACCUACACAGCAAAAAUAUUCUACAUAGAGACGUUAAAGAUGAAAAUAUAAUCUUAGACGAACGAUUCCACAUCAAACUCAUAGACUUUGGCGCCGCCGCCUACAUGGAACCAGGCAAACUCUUUGGAACUUUCUGUGGAACUUUGGAAUACUGCAGUCCAGAAGUAAUCAGUGGAAAUAAAUAUAGGGGACCAGAACUAGAAAUUUGGUCUAUGGGAGUAACUCUCUACACCUUAGUUUUUGGAGAGAAUCCAUUUUUUGAUGUGGAUGAGACCAUAGCUGGUAUUCUUAACCCACCUUGCCAACAGUCUAAUGCUCUGAUGUUUUUGAUUUCGUGGAUGCUGCACACGGACCCUCGUUGUCGAGCAACUAUUAAUGACCUUGAAGAGAACGCAUGGGUCAAUCAAGAAAUUGAUGUAAACAACUAUAUUUGGGAAGAGGUCCUGCCUAAUUGUGGUAAGUAUUUUACUUGGAUUGAAACUGGUUAG